GAAGAAGAGUGUGUCUGAUCAGCAGGAGCGAGAGGACGGUCUCUCUAGGAUGGACGGCUUUUACCAGGGAGCUCAGCGUGCUCCUGGGCGUCUCACCGGCGGCCAACCGACGCCUCACACCGUUGCGGAGCUACUGGAGCACCCCGCUCCACGCUGGAAUCGGCCGGUUUAUGACCCGGUCGGCGUCCGGGGCAACUUAUCUGUUCCUCCUCCUGAGGAAGCGGGUUUUGGAGGGCCUCCGGUCCUCCCUCCUUAUGGCUUUGAUCCUUUGGUACCUCCGCCUCCUUUCGGCUGCCCUCCUCCCGAACCCUUCCUCAGGAUGUCCCUCCCAGCCCCGGUAAACGCGUAUGGCAGCGUCUCGGCGUUUCAGGGUUUCUCUCCACAGUUCAGGAUCGGACCUUCUCAGUACGGCCGCGAGUCCGAAGCAGACUGCAGCCAGAGGCGGUGUGAGGACCACCGAGAGGAAGGGGACCCCCCGCGUCUUCGUGACUGCAGCGGGAGGACAGGACCACAGCCGGAGGAUCAGGAGGCUCUGGAAAGGAGGCAGGACAAGCAGUGGCUCUGUGAGUUCUUGCAGAGCAGAGGUAAAACCAGGACUCUGGAGACCCGGAAGCACCACACACGAGCCAUCUCUAUCCCGGGUCUCAGAGAGGCCCUAUACGGGGCCGCCCAGCUUAUCUCACGGCUGGAGGAGUCCUGUCACACUCUGAAACAACACCUGGAAGAUGGCCAGGUGUGGGAAGACUCCUUUUCUACGGCCUUGCAGGUGAAGAAAGAAGUGCAGGACAAACUGAGCAUCCUUAUCGACACCUGGUCUGUAGAUGGACUGAAGGCUAGGCUGUCCUGUCUCAGAUGUAGGAGGACCCGGAGUCUGAGGGCAAGGAAGGAGCUGCAGAUGGAGGCCAAACGGGCAGAGGGACGCAGCUCGGAGAAAGAGGCUGCCAUCGAUAAAUGGAGAAUGAGGCGGAUACAGCAGGUGGAGGAGAAGAAGAAGGAGCGGGAGCUGAAGAUGGCUGCCGACGCGGUUCUGUGUGAGGUUCGGAAGAAGCAGGCGGACGUGAAGAGGAUGCAGGACGUCCUGAGAGCUCUGGAGAAGCUGCGCAGGCUGAGGAAGGAGGCAGCGUCCAGGAAAGGCAUCGCCACCCAGCAGCAGUGUGACGCGGCGUUCACCUGCUGGCUGGAGCAGCUUAGGUGUGUGAUGAAGAGGAGGACGGCGCUCUACUCGGUGGAGGAGAAGGCCCUGAUGGUGAUGCUGGAGGGAGAGCAGGAGGAGGAGAGGAGGAGGGAGCAGGAGAGACGAGUGAAGAAGGACAGGGAGAGACAGCUGCAGAGGAGACGCAGAGUGGAUGCCAUGUUGUUUGGAGAGGAGAUUCCUGCUGACGACGUGCUGCAGCCUUUCAGAGAGUUUUAUGGCCAGGCGGAGGCGUCCCUGCCGGCUCUGCUGGAGAUCAGGAGAGAGUGGGACGUGUUUCUGGUUGCAGCAGAUCAUCCUGAUGGUUCCUGGGUUCCUCAGACCUGGAUCCUGCCAGAGCCCCCGUCAGACCGGGCCUGGGCCUCCGCCCUGCAGCCCACCGAUGCUGAAUCCGACAGGCUCUGACGCUCACGGAGACGCCACAGGCCCACGCUUCCUGAGAGAAGCAGAUGACGUUUAAAGUCUCUUUUACCCCAGAAGGGUUUGUUUCAUCAGGAUGUUUGUUUGUUUCGUUUCUUUCAGAACAGAAAAUAAAGCAAAACGAAGCGAA